CUACUAGUCGAUCAUUUCCAAUAUGAAAUAGAAGUUCUUAUACCAAAGAUAUAAUAUUAUUAUUCAUAAUCUAUUAUAAAUAGCAAAUGGUUACUAUGGAGCUGCCAUCCAAAAUCAAGAGUAGCAGCAGCCUUUACGUAUUCUAAGAGAUGGGAUCUCUUUUCACUUUCUUCAUCUUCUCACUUGUUCUGUUUGCGAAUGGUCUCCAUGUUCAUGCCAGACCAGACCCGCCGCCACCGCCCAUGGCCAAGAGCAACGCCGCCAGUUGUCACACCCCGGCGAAAGCCAUAGCCGAUGAUUCUGCAAAGGGGAGGUCUUUGGUGAGAGAUUUUGAGCCAAUACCCAAUGUAUCGGUUUACGGCGACGAUGCAAAAAUAACAAAAGAAAUAUCUUCGGCAGAGGGAAAACCUUUCGUGAGAGAUUUUGAGCCAAUACCCACUGUAUCGGUGUACGGUGACAAUGCUAAACUAACGGCACAGAAAUCUCCCACACUGAAAAAACCUUUUGUGAGAGAUUUUGAGCCAAUACCCAAUGUAUCGGUGUACGGUGACAAUGCUAAACUAACGGCACAAAAAUCUACCACACCGGAAAAGUCUUUUGUGAGAGAUUUUGAGCCAAUACCCAACGUAUCAGUGUACGGCGACGACGCUAAAUUAACGGCACAAAAAUCUCCCACAUUGGGAAAACCUUUUGUGAGAGAUUUCGAGCCAAUACCCAACGUAUCGGUGUACGGCGACGAUGCUAAAUUAACGGCACAAAAAUCUUCCACACCGAAAAAGCCUUUUGUGAGAGAUUUUGAGCCAAUACCCAAUGUUUCAGUCUAUGGGGAAGAUGCUAAACUAGCCACAGAAAAAUCUUCCGCAACGGGGAACUAUUUUGUGAGAGAUUUUGAGCCAAUACCCACCGCGACAGCCUAUGGCAAUGACGCUAAACUUACAGAAGAAAGAUACUCUACAAAGGAGAAACCAAUUAUUGGAGAUUUUCAAGCUAAGCCGUCAAGCGAGGCUCUUUAGAUCUCCUAUUAUCGAAUGUCAGUUGAUGUCAAGGGUCUGUGUUAUUGUGCUCUAAGUUCAGUAUGAUUGUGGAUUGAAUCAUCCUUGUUGCUAGAAGUAAGUUUUUGUGAUGUUUAUUGAAUAAAAACCAUGUUUAAUUUACUCUUUUUUAAAUAAAAACCAUGUACUAUUGUAAAAAUAGCAUACUAUGUUUAUAAAUAAUACUAAAGGCAUCCCUACAUCACAAGCACUCUAAGCUCCAAGGGUUUAGGGCCGGAGUUGUUUUUGCGUUCAUUCCUACCAUUUGCAUUGUAAAAAUAUUAUUUUCACCACUCAAACUUAUGAACCUAAAAUUUUAAAAAUGAAACCUUACCAUUGUUACCAAACACAUGGCACAAAACCCAUCCUAAAUCCACCCUCUUACCACUCAU